CGCGCCGGCACACGCACGCGCCCGUGACACGCGACACGUAUUAUUAUUACGCGCCGCCGCCAUGAAGACCGCCGAAAGACUUCUUAGUCUCCAUGACCGUCACGAUCGCUCCGUGACCGGGAAAACCGCGUCGUCCGGCGCCCGAGGGUUUUCUUACCGCGUUUUUCCUCAUCCGCGGCGCACCGUCCAUCCGUCUACGACGGCCGUCGCGAAACUCCGAACAGCCGUGCACACGGUAAUAACACCCGGCCGACUGUACUGGCGGCGAUACUGCUGGGCGACCGAGUGGCGACGGGCCAUUGACAACAAAUACCGAAAUAAUUGAACAUGAACGAACACCCGCCGUCGUCGGCGGCCGCCGUCCGCGGUGCGGGUCUCCGGACACUGGCCGUUGCCGUGUUGAUGUGCGCGGCGCUAUGCGUUCGAACCGUCCAACCGUAAGUUCUGCCACGAUAAUUUCAUAGACGGAUGUAAAGGCCGACCGUGUAAGGCCCGCGCGGGUACGCCGCGUCCAUAAUGUUGUCUGCGGCGUAGGUACGACGCGUACGCACGCCGAGUCGUGUGCCGGACUCGGCGUGCGCGGUCGUUUCGCGACUGUAAAUAUCGUAGUGCCGGGUUCGCGGGAGCGAGCCGACGAGUUGUAUACAAAGCGUAGCAGUGUAAACAUUUAGUGCGCGAGACGUACUUGUUCUCGUCGUUUUUCGUUCGACGGAACAACAAAUCGCGACUUUUCCUACCGAAUUACCGCCGAAAUCAUUCGAAAGAAACACUUUGCGAACUCUCCCCCCCCCAUCCCGUCCACUCUCCAAUAUACUCGUAAGCCGCAUUACGCUCGCAACACGAUUCAUCACUGAGCCUCGUCAUAAAUGCGUGCUUUAUAUGCACAUUCAAAAUCGCGCCCCCCCCCUCCCGUUAUCUUGUUCAAAAUCCGUCCCUGGCGUUCGCUUAUAUUUUCGACGUCUCGCAGUGACCCGCGUUGGCCCCGGUCUAAAAAUACUCAACAUUUGUACGGAUCGCGCGAUGCCUACGUAUAAUGCCUUCUUUCAAAUAGAGGACGUAUUCUACGAACAAAUUAAAUACAAUUUGUUACGAUGCAUAAGCUGAACUUGAGCAUAAAACAGUCAAAACUGCCAUUUGAUAUUAGUCAAAUCAAAAUACAUACGAAUAAAUCGUUUUCGUUAUUGUUAUUCCAACUUCCGUUUGAUACGCGAAAGUUCAUUAUAGUUUUAGUGCCAUGAAAUUGAAUUCGUAAUUCGCAUAAUUAUUGUACUUGUGUAUUUUUUUACGAUCGACCUAUUUAGUGGGUUUUCUUUCGCGUCGGCGAUUUUAAACAGCUUUCGACGUUAAAACCGCAACUGUUUAAAUAUACGAUGUCGAUGUUUGCAUUAUUUAAACUGUUAUUUUCGCAUGAGAAACGGCAAAUUAAAAUAAUCCGCAAAUAAAGCAGAAAUUAAACAUUUUACGUGUUUUAUUAAUACAAUAAUAUACCUCAACUAUAGCGUUACAAAUAAAAUCGGCGGUACCCAAUACGCGCGUGUUAUCAGUGGUGCCGCCAACAUCCCGCGAUAAGAAAUUGUUUGAGGCGAUUUAUUGCUUAAUAACCAAAAUGGAUUUGCGUGUGGUCACAUUGUAAAUUAUUGGCAAAACCUUCAAUUUUACCGUGACGAAAUAUUACACAGAAACCGGGGGGGGGAGCGUGGUAUUAAAAAAAAUAUAAUACCGGUACACGAAGACUGAAUGAAAAAAAAGUUUUGUGUCCCGCGGCGUAUACUAGUGUGACGGUCUCGUCGAAUAUUUCUGUAUAAUACCUGUAAUACAAGGUGUAUAAAUAAACGGAAUUAUAUAAAUAAAAUACGUACGGGGGAGCGAGACGUACAGGACCUAAUUCAAUAAGAAAACGGUCAUGCGUGAUUAUGAAAAAUAACGUAGGGUAGAUAUUAUGUACAGGGUGUCCCGUGAAGAUAAGUGUACGUCAUCGAAUAAAUUGAUAAUGUACGUUUGCGGUAAAAACCUACGGGUGUUUUGUGUGUUCGUAGGGCUUGCAACGAAGAUAACGCCGCGGACAGCGGUAACCGCGUAGAAAUGCUUAUGUGGCUAACAGACCCGUGUCGUUACGACCGUUGGACGAGACCGACGCCAACAGACGAAAAUGGUAAAACCGGAGGACCGACGCGUGUGUCCGCCCGAGUGUAUGUAUACUUCUUAGGAUCAGUAGAGGCUCAACAAUUGGUUAGUAUCGUGCAAACGCAGCAUCACUAUUAUAACACGGUCGUUUAUAUGAUUUAACACUGCAGGGGCGUGACAAUGGGAUCGCAAUUCGGUGCACGUACCUCAACUCGAUGGGUGUUGGGUGGGUGGUCCUCUUAAAAGUACAUAUUAUCAAUUAUUAUUACGGGUAACAUUUGCCGUUUACAGUGCACUAUAAGCGAAUCGCUGGUUUUACACAUUACAAGUGUUGCAAGUAUUAAAAGUGCUUACAGAAAAAUACGUUAAAUAAUCUGACCAAACGUGAUGUUUACUGACGAUAUUUCGUUGUACACGGGUACGAAAUAUAUUCAGGAUUUUAGGUCCCAUCAUAUUCUUCUGGAGAUCACGAAAAUUUCGGUUAUUAAUAAUUCGCACUUUUGACACUGACAACAACAUUGUAAUGGGAAAAAGAGACGAACUUGUAUUUGUUUUGCUUUAUAAACGUAGGGAUGAACAAUGGACAACAUAGAACACGGAAAUCUUAAAUUUGUAUGAUAGACGGACGAAUGAGGAUAAACCGCCUUAAAACCAAAUAUUUUUAAAUUUAAAUUUUGUAUGAAGAGUUAAUCACACAUGAAUUUCGGCUUUGUUCCGUGUUCCGUGGGUCACUCUUACACUGUAGGAGCAAGGAAGCGCACAGAAAAAUAUGUCGGAUGAGGUUCAUAAGUAAACAAACUAAACAUUUUUAACUAUAGAACUGUAGUAUAUGAUGCGUUUUCGGAAUUCCGAAGAGUGUUUGAACCCCUAAAACCCCCUUUACAAUAAUAUUAGCUAAACCUGUUAAAAGCGACCUGCAGUUAAACGGGCUUCACUCAUUUUGCUUGCAAUGAUAUUGAACUAAAUUCUAAAAAAACGGUCAUACUUCUCACGUACCUAGGUGGGCCACUGUUUUAGGUGAGAAGUUAGGAAGGUAGAGGGAAAAUUGAAUGUGUAUCCGUACGCAUUGAUUAACCAUUGCUAGCGAAAAACGAUUCUGAUCGAAGUUUGUUUAAUAGUGUUGUGUUUGUCAACAAUAUAUAUAUAUAUAUAUAUUACAUUUUGGUAAAAUAAUUACAUAUGCAUUAUACAUUUUCUUUAAAAUAUUGUAUCUAUUUUCCCAUUUUUCCCGGUUUUUACCAUUUUUCCCGUUUAUUUGGAAAACUCCUGGGAAAAUCAAAACAUGACCUCUUUAAAGUAUAUAAAAAAUAAACAUCUUUACAAAACCAUAAAAUUAAUACAUUUUUCGCUACACUCAGAUUCUAAAACGAUAUCCGACCAACUUCUUUCCCAAUUACCAGGGUAAUCAACAUAACGUAAGAAACUAAUUAACUAAGAAAGUAUUAACUUUUUUCGGAAUCGGUUUUUAGAACAUUUAAGAAACAAGUAGCUCUACAAUUUUAUAUUUACUAUUAUUUGCUGUCACUCUUAUUUUAGGGGGUAAAACCAUUACCAACCUUUUAGUAUUCCUUUAGCACCCUAAAUUACAUAUUCAAUAAAUAGAUGAAGUAUUAAUUUAAUUAUAUUUUACUGUUUUCAUUUUUAAUUUUCGUCAAUUUUUCGACGAAAUACUCUCUGCUUAUCCAGAUUUAAAAUUAGAAUAUCUCGUGAACGGAUUAACAGAAAUUAAAAAUUUCAACACCAACAUUUAUUUAAACUAUACUUUAAUCUAUUUGUGGCAUUUUUAAUAUAGAUUGUUAUUUUAAAAUCAAAAGUAAGUAGUGGUUUUAACUCCUAAAAUAAGAGUGUUCAAAAAUAACAGUAAUGUAACAUUUUAUCGCUAAUUAUUUUUUAAUUGUUCUAAAAAAACAAAUUCCGAAAAAAACUUAAUACUUUCCUAAUCAAUGAGUGUCUUAAGUUAUGUUGAUCAUCCUGUACAACAGUGAUCUAUGACUCACCCGAUGGCCACUGAGCGAAAUAUGUUCGGUUCUUUUUUUAAUUUUAUCUUUUUAUCAAUAUAUACAUAUGAUUUUUAAAUUAACAGCAUUUUACGGCACACAUAUUGAUACGCUAUCGGUGGCAAGACGACAGACUUGUACAUUCUUCUUCGAAAAGCUCUAUAAGUGGUGAAAACAAACUUAAGGAACGAGUGUGGAUGCCGCACGUGUAUAUCGUUAACGAACAUGAUUCGAAUAUCAUGGGAUCCGGACGUCAAGACAUACUAGUGACGGUUCAGCCGGACGGAACAGUUUUGUACUCGGCUAGGUCAUAAAAAAUAAACCCCAAUAAUAAUUAUUAUAUUUUACUAUACAUCAAGGCUGGACAUAAAUACGUUAAAAGUUAAAAUGUAAGUUAUUAUUAAUUUAGAUAAUAAACAAGUUACGUUUUGCACAAUUAACUUUUAACUUAAUAAAUUACUAUUUUUGUGUACUUAACGUGUUAAAUUUAAGUUAAUUUUGUAAAUUUAAAAUUAAGUUAAAUUUGGGUCAAAGGGAAAUUUACAUAAUUUUAUUUCUAAUCUUCAAUUUUUAGUAGAACUCCGAGUAAUAUUUUCUGUCUUUAGAUAUUCAUAAAGUUAUCAGUGCGACAAGAUAAUGCGGCUUAGGGUACAAUAGCCAUCGUGGAUUUAUUUAUCUGUUUAAAUCGGAUCUUUAAUUAGACUUUUAUUGAAAUUUAACAUUUCAUUUAAUUUUGUGACUAGCUACAUAGUGUUUAUAUAUUUAUUAUUCAUAGUGUUGAGCUUAAAAAAAACCAUCUGUAGAAUGUAUUCAUCUAACUAUUGGAGACCCUAUAUCAAGGUAAUUCUAUUAAAAUAUUUUGAUCGUCUACAAAAAUAUAAAAUUUAAUUUUUAACUAAAUUAAUAACAACUUCAUUAAUCUGUUGAAGAAUUAACUUUAGGCUUAACGAGUUCAAAAAGUUUUUAACUUGUCCAGCCUUGUUAUAAUAUGUACACAACACUAUCAUAACAAUAUUAUGUAUUUGAAAUCAAAAUACGAACCCAAAUAAUUUUUUUUUGUAUAUAAUUAUAGAUUAAAAGUGUCGCUAUUGUGCAUGAUGAAUUUACAAAAAUUCCCGUUUGACGAACAAACUUGUCCUCUGAUACUGGAAAGCUGUUUGUAGAAUAUUAUUAUUAUUUUUUUUUUUUAUGUCUAUAGAUUUCUUAAGUACUUACGGUAGAUAUAUAAUUUAUUUUUAUUAUAUUUUUAGGGACUUAUAACAAUACACAUUUAGAAUUGGUGUGGGAACACGAUUCCCCUGCAGUGCUCAAUAGCAAUUUGCGAAUGACCGAAUAUAACUUGGUGUCAAUUUGGACCAACGAAACAGUUAGUGAAUACGCAUUGAUACCGGCGUCAACGAAUGAUAACGAUAACAAAAAUGGCGACAUACCCGAAUCUGAAAAUGUGCACUAUUAUGGAAAAUUCGGUAAAACUAUAAUUUACUGACAAAUAAUAUUUCCAUUGUUUCAUACAUACCUACAUAAUUUAAAUAAGUAAUGCAAUUUGUAUAAAAAUAAUAUUUUAUUAUCAUGGUUGGUCAUGUGUAAUGUAUGUUUAUCCACAAGGGGUGUAAAUAAAUAAAUUAAUAUCAUCAACUUAUAUCAAUUUCGUAAAUUGGUUUACCCAAGAAUCCAUAUGUACCAGUACCAGUGAAACUUUUAACGGGAGUAACUAACCAUAUUUGAUUAAAUACAUUUUGAACUUAGUUUAUUGCCACAUUGGUUAUGCAGGUAUUGAAAUUAUUAUGAUUACCGGCAGUUUUCACCAAAAUGUACCUUUUUCUAUUCUACCAACAUUACGACACCUCACAGUUUUUUUUCUCUAUUCACAUUAUGGCAACUAAUUUAUACUUAUGUUAUAUAUUUUGCAUAAAGGUAUUAUGUACUUUCAGAACCGAUACAUUAUGAUUUCCCAAUUCAUCCAUCCCCCCCCCCAUUCGAUAAAAAAAUUGUUAGCCCAAACCUGAUACUUCUGGAAAAAAGUUAAUGUCCAAAAUAUAAACCUACAACCCAAUUAAAAACGACAGGGGGCAUGGUUUAUGAAAAAGGGAAAGGUUAGUUUUGGUGGAAACUGAUCCCACCGCUGUGAGCAAAUUUUCGACCAGAAAUCUUGUUCCAAUCAUCAACAUCAGCCCCGGAUUUACCAUAGACGUAUAAAAAAAAAUUUUUGUAUAGGUCUAUGGGGCUUUCCAGAAUACCAGAAGCUUUUGAUUUGUGGUUGUUUGAAGUUAUUGGCCAUAUUGGUAAUUGACCGCGGGCGUAAUUCGUCAUUUUAUUCAUUUCUCAACAUACGCUACUGGAAGCAUUUAAUUAUAAAAUAUGAGAACCAUAAUAAUACUCAGGUACUCAGGAGUUCUUAUGUAUCAAUUUAAUAUUUCUUCUUUUGUCCAUAGCCGGAAACUAUAGCCAGUUGGUUGUAAAUUUUGAAUUAGAACGCGAAGUCGGUCACUACAUUAUGGACUAUUACGUGCCGAGCAUCAUGCUGGUAGUCGUGUCGUGGGUAUCGUUUUGGUUGGAUCCGAACGCAGUACCGGGUCGCACGACAUUAGGUAAAUUUAAUAUUACAACCUAUUUUGUGGACACUUUUUUUUUUUUAUCAACACGAUAGAUACCUACGUCAUAAUAACUAAUAAUACAUAUCAAUCAUAUCAUACGUGAUUUAUAUAGGUACCAGUACAAUGUUGACGUUUAUUACAUUGUCGAGAAACACUGGCAGUUCGUUACCGAAAGUUUCUUACAUUAAAGCUACCGAGAUAUGGUUCAUUGUGUGCACGGCGUUUAUAUUCGGUUCAUUGGUCGAGUUUGCGUUCGUUAAUACCAUAUGGAGACGGAAGUAAAGUAUCAAUAAUAUACGCUAUAAAAUAUAAGUCUGAAAAACGACAACAUUAUAUUACCUAUUUGAACAAUAUUAUAGGAAAAACGUGGAACUCAAAAAAGUCAAUAGUAAACAUAUUUUUAAAUCGACACUGACGCCUCAGAUGCAACGUAAAUCAUUUUCCGUGGACAGUGGCAUUGACAAAGAUGAUAUCGGUCAACCAAUGACUAGUGGGAAAUUGAGCAAAAGAGAUAAAGCAACUAUUAAUGUGAGUAAAUCAUGCAAGUACCUAUAUACUUACAUUCAUAAUAAUAAUAUGGACUAUAAUAAUUGCAUACCUAUAGUACUAAAAUUACCUAUAAAAUACGAUUUUAUAUUAUACGAUUAUAAAUCAAUUGAGCAAUGUCCGCAAAACUUGGUCGACUAACACACGUCAUUAUCAAUUUCAUACUUGAUUAGAUAUUUAUUUGUGAACAUCGGCAAAUUGAUAAUUUUCACAUGCAAAAAUAAAAGAGUCAGCUGAUUUCAUUUCAAAUAAAAAACUGAAAAAAAUAUUUUUGUUCACACUAUUAUUUACGGUAGGUAGGUAUAGGAGUUAUUUUAUCAUCCUCCCUCUAGUCAAAUCUACUUUUUAACAUUAUUUUCAAAUCAUUUGUUUCCUUUUCAUUACUUUCACUAUAUAGAAACUCAUGUACCAUUUUUAAAUUUCAACUAGUCCAGGGGUCGGGAACCUGUGACACUUUAACAUGGAAUCUAUGGCUUUUUGGAAAAUUUAUUAUAAUUUAAGACGUAUUAUUAUACUUUUAAUGCCUACCAAUUCCCAAUGAAAUUGCUUAGUAAAAUAUAUUAUUUCUUUUUUGUACUAUGGUAUAUUUUUUAUCUUAACUAUUGUGGGUCUUUGAAAAUCAUGGUUUUGCAAUUUUUUUUAAAAUAUGAUUCAUCUACACGAAAAGGUUCCCGAUCCGUAAAAUAGUCAUCCAAAGUAGAUCAUAGACGUGCGCACUAAUUGAAUGACCUCAAAUUUUUCGUCGAAAAUAUCAAAUGUUUCGUGAUAAAAUAUAAGGAUUAAUAUUGACAACAUUUAAAAAAUGAGUGCGCGUAAACCGUCUUAUUAACGCGUCAUAUUAAGCAUUAAUUUUAAUAUUCAUCAGUUAUCCAAUAACUUUAUUGUCAUGAAAAUCACUAAAAUAUAGCAAAUGAUUUGUAUAAAAGAACUUCCUAUUUCUUAUCGCGUAACUAUUUUUUUUUUUUUUUAUAGAGAUCGAGGAAUUUACUGACAGUUGGUAAUCAAGACCCAGUCGUUUGUCCCGAUCCAGAGCCACUGGAAAAUUUUAGUAUCCGUGUACCGACGUUGAACGAGACCAAACCCAGCAGUGGCGGUGGUUUGUUCACAUUGACUCCACAAGAAAUCGCCCAGUGGAUCGACCGUCGUAGUCGUGUUGCAUUUCCAGCAGCAUUUCUCGUGUUUAAUUGUUUCUAUUGGCUUUACGUGUACAUUUGAUCAAUAACGUUUGAAAUUGAAAUUUAUUGUUAAAACUGUGAUCAUUAAUGUUUGUUAUUGUUUUUAAAAAUAUAAUAUUGGUG